AUGUCGCAGUUCUACCGUCGCAAGUACAAAUGCGGUGACCUGGUGUUCGCCAAAUUAAAGGGCUACGCCCACUGGCCCGCCAGGAUCGAGCAGACGGCCGAGGCCAACCGCUACCAGGUGUUUUUCUUCGGGACCCACGAGACGGCCUUCCUGGGCCCCAGGCACCUCUUCCCGUAUGAGGAGUCCAAGGAGAAGUUUGGCAAGCCGAACAAGAGGAGGGGCUUCAGCGAGGGCCUGUGGGAGAUCGAGAACAACCCCACCGUCCAGGCUUCCGAUUACCUGUGCGCCCUGGAGGAGAGCUGCCCUGAGGAGCCCGAGCCUGAGGCCACCGAAGGCGGCGAGGACCUGAAGAGCCACACCGACGGCGGCGACGACGAUGAGCAAGGGAAGCUGGGCGUCGACCCGCCAGCUGAGGAGGAGAACGAGAAGGAGCAGCUGAAGAGGACCGCUGAGGACCCGCCAGAGGACACUGUCAAGCGUCCCAAGGAGGCUGAUCUGGAAGAAGGAGAGGAGAUGAAGGAGGCGGCCGCUGUCGCCCCGGAAGCUGAGGAUGCAAGGCCACUCCUGGUGGAGGCGGAGAACGACCCCGCCGCCUCCGGGCUGGGCCCGGCCUGGGGACUGCCCGCGGUGGAGCAGGAGGCAGAGGAAGAGUCCGCCGAGAGAGAGGCCCAGGCCCCAGGCGUCGGAGGCGGCCACGAGAGCCAGUAG